AUGGUGGGCUGUGCAGCUUGUCACACUCCACUCCCUUCCACAACUAAGAUCAUAGCCCUUGGAGGAGCAAGCUUCAAUGAUUCGGGACUGUACAGGUCUGUCAUUGGAAGCCUGCAGUACCUUACCAUCACAAGGCCUGAAAUUUGCUAUUGUGUUAACAAAUUAGCACAAUUUGUCCAGUCUCCUCUGGACUCUCACUGGAGAAAGGUGAAACGAGUGUUGAGAUACUUGAGUGGCACAGCAAGCUAUGGCCUACAUAUAAAGAGGGACACUGAUCAGAACACAGCUAUGAAGAUUGUUGCUUACAGUGAUUCUGACUGGGUUGGGGACCCAGAUGACAGAAAAUCAAUUAGUGGCUAUUGUGUAUUCCUUGGCUCCAACCUAGUCGCCUAG